AUGUCGCAACUCUAUCGAGACCCUUGGGCCAAGCGCGAGGCAUGGCGAAAGCACCCCGUCUUCUCGCACCGCUUCUUUGCGCGCAACAUCUUUCCCGGCUUCGGGUUGGGACUGGGCGCAUUCGCAGUCUACCUUGCCAUCGACACGAUCACACAUCCUUCCAACAUUGAGAAGCUCAAGGAGGACGCCCGCAAGCAGACCGGUCGCCAACAUUAG